GAACCCCCAGUGAAAGGGGCGGGGUCUCGUUGGAGGCAAAACCCCCUUAAAGGGUUUUCGUUCAUCAUAGUUCAAAAUCAACAUCCGAAUCGCACUUUGUUGCACCUAACAGGGUACAGGACAGUUCCGUCGCAAAAGAGCAAACAUGGAUGCAGGAGAAGACCAAAACCCAAACACCAAUGGAAAUCCUCAAACAAGUGGGAACUCCCGAGCACCUCAGAUAGCCCACAUGUCUCUGUAUGAGAGACAGGCUGUUCAGGCUCUUCAAGCGCUGCAAAGACAGCCUAAUGCAGCUCAGUAUUUCCAGCAGCUCAUGCUGCAGCAACAAAUCAACAACGCCCAGCUCCAAAAUCUGGCCGCCGUGCAACAGGCCACGCUUGCAGCAAGUCGCCAGUGUAACACUCCAAGUAACAGCGUGUCCCAGGUUCCCACUUCUGUCACUGCAGGUUAAUCAAAGCGCCACAUGUGGAGGGACAAUGAGCAGCCCGCGGGCGCACGGUCCAGCCACCUCUGCAGCAACGACGGCUCUCAACCAGUCAGUGCUGCUGGGCGGAAACUCAACCGGACAGGGGCAGAUGUAUCUCAGGGUAAACCGUUCUCUUAGGGCUCCCCUUGCCUCCCAGCUCAUCUUCAUGCCUGGUGCUACAACAGCUACAGUUGCAGCUGUUGCUCAGACACAACCUCAACAUCAGCAGCAGCAGCAGCAGCAGCAGCAGCAGCAGCAUGAUGCCGUUUCAGCCAAUUCAAGGGCCCAGUCUGACAAUGACCAGGUGCAGAAUCUGGCUCUAACGUGUGCAUCCACACUCAAAGCGGCGGCUGUCAAGUCUGAGCUUCCUGAGAAGAACGAUGCUGCUGGGUUUACUCUAUCUCUGCAGCAGCCACACUCAUUACGCCCAUUAGCUCAGCAGCAGCAGCAGCAGCAAGUGUCCAAACCCAGCUUUAACCAGCAGCCUGGCUCCAACCCAAUGUCUGGAAAGGCUGGAAACCAGACUGCCAUGACUGUGGACCCAUCUGCCUCUGUCGCUCCGUCUUCCUCCUCCUCCUCUUCUUCUUCUGCCCUUCCUCUCUCCCAGCUUUUGCUUUCUUCCUCAUCUGCUCCUCUAAUUUUGGUGCCCACCUCCAACGUUGCUACCUCCACGCCGGGCUACCCAAAGGCCAACAUGAACGCACAGACUCUGGUGGUGCAGCCCCUGCAACAGACCGCUUCCAGUGCAGACAAAGGUCCUGUUCCUAUUCAACCCAAAGCAGCUCCGGGACACCGCCUGCCUGUGCAGCUGUCACCUCGACACCCACCUCCCAUUCUCCCAGCUCCUCCUACUAACAGUCAGACCAGUGCAGGAGGUGCACAUAUUCCUGUCCAGCUUGUAGGAGCCAGGCAGUCCUUAACGGGAAACCCACCAGCUGGGGCCCUGCCCCAGACUCAAAGCAGCGCAGCUCAUGAGGCUCCACCUAGUGGAGCUGUUGGCAUAACAAAGCCGGUUGUUGGUUCUCUGAAAAGGAAAUCUGACUUUAUGACCUUGAAUGAUGGGACAGAAUCUUCCGAUUGUGCAGCCAUGAAAGAUUCUGCUCCCCCUCUAUCUCCUGCCCCCCCAAAAGACUCAGCCCCUUCUACAGAGGCUCCAUUCUCAUCUCCCCCCAUCCUGUCCUUGCCCCCACCCUUGUCAAGAGUCGGGCUUGGCGACAAACAGCGGGCGCUCGUUCCACAAGCAGUGGUCAAACCUCAAGUUCUCACUCACCUGAUUGAGGGGUUUGUGAUUAAGGAGGGAGCCGAGCCGUUUCCUGUUGCUGGACUUCUCAAAGACAGAGACUUUGCCUUGGCUGGCCGCACGGAGAACGGACCCCCAUUAUUGAAGUGUGAAUACUGCGGAUGCCUCGCUCCAGCCAGUCAGUUCAGAGGAUCCAAGAGGUUCUGCUCCAAUACUUGUGCCAAGAGGUAUAACGUGAGCUGCAGCCAACAUUUCAAGUCCAGCAGGGGGAGGACGGCCCCGCCCCCCACACCCACAGAGCGGCACAGGGGCUCUGUUCGCAGGAGCAGCUCCAAUAACAGCUACAGCAAAUUAUCAAACAAGCAUCUUUCUGUCAAGUGCCACUCUGAAUCCAGUCACUCCGAGGACGUAUCAAGUGAUGGCGAAGAAGACUCUCCUUCGCUUUCCCCAAACUCCUACCACUCGUGCUCCAGAGCCGACCACAGCGCUCCUCAGUCCGACUGCUCCGCUCCUGGAAGCCUCGCUCUAGAGGGAGCUGGUUUUCUAUCUGCAACUCCAGCCCAGUGGAGCGUGGAAGAAGUCUGCCGCUUCAUUUCCUCUCUUCAAGGUUGUGAAGAGCUGGCUCCCCACUUCCUGUCGCAAGAAAUCGAUGGGCAGGCGCUCCUGCUGCUGCGUGAGGAUCAUCUCAUCUCCACCAUGAAUAUCAAGCUGGGUCCAGCUCUUAAAAUCUGUGCCUCUAUCAACAGUCUGCGAGAAUAAGGGCUUUGCUCUCAUUCCAGUGAUCUUAACUCUUGGACUUGGAGAAGAAGAAAAAAACGGACUUGACUGAGAUUCUUGAAGAAGGUGCAAAUGCUUUUUAUCUACUAAAAGCCACCAGUGCCCCAUCAAAAUCGCGAUGGAUUGUUUACUUUAUAGACUUUAAAUGCAUUAAAAAAAGGCACUCUGGUGGAUAUGUGGAGCGUGCAGUUGAUGCACAAUUUGAAGGAUUCCUCUCUUUUAAUUAUGACUGAAGUUAUUGUCUUUUUUCCAGUUAUUUUUUUACUCUAGAAGAACUACUCCAUAUUAUUCAGUCUUCCUGUUCAAACAAACUCGCCCAUCAGUGUAUUUCAGAAAGAGCUUAAAAGUCCUUUUACUUUAGCCACUUGACUUAAAAUCAUUUCAACCAUUCUGUUACAUUUAUUUUUGUAGUAUUUUGUGCAUGUAUUUUUUUGUAUCCAGGCUCUAAGCUCAUUAAAAAAGUGACACUCAGAAAGCCUUGCAUUAUGGUUAGUUAGCAAUUAUUCUUUUUUUUUAGGAUGAUCACAUUCAUUUUGUCAUGAAAACUAUGUUGUAGUAUUUGUUUUGUUUUAAUCGACUGAAUUACUUGAAAACAGCUGUUUGAAAAGAUUUGCUUCCUGCAGAAGUGUUUUUUUUUGUAUGCAGUACUAUCAAUGAACAGCACCUCUCACUUCA